ACACUUACACACACACAGCAGCCUCGGUCCCGGCUGACAGGCUGACUGCACCAGCAGCACCACCCGGUAAACACAGCCAGCCGUCGACUGACUGACUGAGAGCCGCAGCGCGCCGCAUGGCUAACCAGCAGCAGCAGUGCCGCCUGCUAGUCCCGCUCGCAGUGCUGUUACUGGGAGUUGUGGGCAUUCUUCUGCUCGCCAUUAACAGUGAAGACAUAGAGGAGCCUCCGCAGUACAUGUAUGGCAUCGUUCUGGAUGCGGGAUCUUCCCAUACGGCGAUGUUCAUCUAUAAAUGGCCUGCAAACAAACAGAAUGGCACCGGCAUAGUCAGCCAGCACAGCGAGUGUGAUGUAGAUGGCGGAGGAAUAUCCAGCUAUGCAGGCCAGAAAGGAGGUGCUGCCCGUAGCCUGGAGAAAUGCAUGGAUCAUGCCAUUCAAAAGAUUCCCAAAGUCAGACACCAUCAAACUCCUAUCUACCUUGGAGCUACAGCUGGCAUGAGAUUGCUGAAUAUUUCUCAGCCCAAAGUUUCAGAUGAGAUUUUGAAGGAAGUCGGGGAAAAGCUGAAGACCUACCCAUUUAGCUUCAAAGGUGCCACCAUCUUAACUGGGCAAGAGGAAGGUGCAUAUGGCUGGGUCACUGUAAACUACUUGUUGGAAAACUUUAUUAAGUAUGGUUUUGUAGGUCACUGGCUGUCCCCGGGCAAGAAGACGGUUGGUGCACUAGAUUUCGGUGGAGCUUCCACUCAGAUUACCUUCGAGACCAAAGAAAAGGUGGAGAACGUGGAAAACCUGAUGAGUCUACGGCUGUACGGCAGAGAUUACCACAUAUACACCCAGAGCUUCUUAUGUUACGGCAGGGACCAGAUGUUACGCAAGCUGCUGGCUCACUUGGUUGAGACUCAGGGCUCAAACGAUACAAUAAUCCAUCCUUGCUACCCGGCAGAUUACAAUGUGUCCAUCACGCUGGAUAAUGUGUUUGAUACUCCAUGCACAGCAGACAGUAAACCCUCUCCCUAUAAUGCUGGUAAAAAACUGCAAAUACAAGGCUCUGGAAACUACCAGCACUGCCUGGGAAACAUGUCCCAUAUCUUCUCAUUCCAGACCUGCACUUAUUCCAAGUGCUCCUUUAACGGCGUCUUCCAGCCCAACGUCAGCGGCAACUUCAUGGCAUUUGCUGCCUUCUUCUACAUCCAUUCUUUCCUGAAGAGCACCACCGGGAUCACUGUCACUUCUCCCUCGCUCCUGGAGGAGGCAGCCAUCACCGUCUGCAACAUGAGCUUCCACGAGAUGCUACAGAAGGUUCCAGAGCAGCAGUCCCGUCUGCAGGACUACUGUGCAGCCACGGUCUUCAUGAAGGUGCUGCUGCUUAAAGGCUAUGGCUUUGAUCGUCUCAGUUUUCCACAGAUCUCCUUCCAGAAGAAGGCUGGUGAAACCUCAGUUGGCUGGGCUCUGGGUUACAUGCUGAGUCUGAGCAGCCUCCUGCCAGCCGAGAGCGUGUCCCUGAGGAAGGCUCUGAGUCCUGGAGCCUGGAACACGCUCAUCUUCCUCUUCAGUGUUGCACUCUUCAUUGCACUUGUGUCUGUCUGUAUGAUCAUGUUUCGCAAGAAGAAAGGAAGUGAUGGGAUGCUGUAAUAGCAGCUAUAGCAGAGCUAUAAUGUGGCGAGCCUUCCUUCCUUUAAUGCACUGAAGAAACAGAAGAAACAUGUCAGUGUUUUAAUCAAGUGUUCAAGUUAAUAGAGAGAAAGAUACAAACAAGGUACAUGAGAGAAACAGAAACACUGAUUCUGUACAAACAAGUGCUACUUAAAAAAAGUAUAUUACUGUUAUUAGUUUUUAAAUCAAAUGUUAAUGUUAAACAUUGGCAGAGGUCAUCGGAAUGCGCACAAGGCUUGUUGUAACUGCUGUAAUAUUUUCUCAGUUCUAAUACAUAUUCAGGGUGCUUUUUUCCCUCUCUAUAACAGGCUGGACGCAUGUUUUGGAUGCUAGCAAAUGUCGGUAGCAUAUGUUACAUGUUUACAAUACUUAUUUUUUUUAACGAAUUGUCAGUUGAAUAUUUUGUAUAUAUGGAAAAAAACUAUUCAGGGAUGACGUGUUUUAUACACUGAAAAUCAUGAAGAUGUAAACUUGUGGUACUACUGAAGAAUAAAAAAAUGAUUUUCAUAAA